AUGCCAAAAAAAUUUCUAGAAAAAAUUGCUCGAGCUAUUCGAAUUACAUUCAGGUUAUCAUCUUCAAACACAAAAAUCGUGCCCGACAAUGAUAUAGAUAAACCAAAUAAUUGUACACACCAUUCGACACUGACUCGCCAACUGUCAAGAAAUGAUGAUUAUUUUGAUCUACGUGAUUGUUUUUCAUCGGAUUCAAAAGAUUCUGAUAAAUCAUUGAUUGCUUUAUCAGAAGAUAAAACUGAUUAUCGACUAGAAUCCACGCCCAAAUCUUCUAAUCAUUCAUCUUCAUUUGAAUGGUGUCAAUGUCCAUGUCAUCAAUAUAUUGAUAGUGGUCAUUUUGUCAAUGAAACAAAAUCGCACCUAUUCAUGCGACAAAAAAAGCAACAAAAACUAAUUCAAAAUAAAGUUUAUCCUUUUAUUGUUUGA